AUGUCGUACAACCGUCUUGGCCCAUACGGCCGCCAUUCCCCUGACGAAGACGAAGCAUACGGCGCCCAGUCGCAAAACCCAUUUAUGGAUCCUCGCGCCGGCAGAUCACCGUCCCCAGGGCAUCCCUUAGAGUCGUACGCUCUGCACGACAACCCCUACACUCACGACGAACCUCUACACAUGCCCAUGGGUCCGGGUCCUCGGCCAGGCGCUUCGCCCAUGCCUGGAACCCCCUCAGACAGACUCCAUCCCCAGCCUACAUUCUCGGUAGAGCACGUUCCCGGUUACGGUCACAACGAUAGCUACGACUCGCAGCAUCAUUAUCCUCCUGGCGAUUACGCCCUGAACCCCGAAGACCACCACGAUGCAUACCACAAUGAGCCCUACCAACCUGCUCUGACUCCUAACGAGGAGCUGUACGGUCCUCCAUCUGGCGAACAACAUCCCCACUACUGGCAAGACGAGGUCGACACACGCCCUAUUCUGCAACAGGAUUCUGCCUACGGGCCUGAUCCGCAUCAGAUGCCCACUCCUGUCAUGGAAGAGCAAAUGGAAUUGAACGCAGAGCAACCGCAAUCUGGAGGUGGUAUCCGCAGAUGGAAGACAGUCAAAGAAGUCCAGCUCUUCAACGGAAACCUAGUGCUCGACUGCCCUAUACCUCCGAGACUCCUGAACCAGAUUCAGCACGCUCAACCUCCGGAGCGUGACGAGUUCACACACAUGCGCUACUCGGCUGCCACCUGCGAUCCUUCCGAGUUCUACUCGGAGCGCUUCACUCUGCGCCAGAAGCUCUUUGCUAAACCAAGACAUACCGAACUGUUCAUCGUCAUUACCAUGUACAACGAAGAGGAUGAGCUCUUUGCCCGCACUAUGAUCGGUGUCAUCAAGAACAUCGAAUACAUGAACUCGCGAAACAGCAGCAAGACUUGGGGAAAGGAGGCUUGGAAGAAGAUCGUUGUUUGUGUUGUCAGCGAUGGCCGUGCAAAGAUCAACCCUCGUACCAGAGCCGUUCUCGCUGGUCUGGGUGUCUACCAAGAUGGAAUCGCCAAACAGCAGGUCAACGGCAAGGAUGUCACUGCCCACAUCUACGAAUACACUACCCAGAUGACACUCGAGCUCAAGAAGGGUGUAGUUUCCGUUAAGAAGGGAAACACACCUGUUCAGAUGCUGUUCUGUCUCAAGGAAAAGAACCAGAAGAAGAUCAACUCGCAUAGAUGGUUCUUCCAGGCUUUUGGAGAGGUUCUUGACCCAAACAUCUGUGUCCUGAUCGAUGCCGGUACAAAGCCAGGCAAGGACUCUAUCUACAAGCUCUGGAAGGCCUUCGAUCUCGAGCCCAUGUGCGCCGGUGCUUGUGGUGAGAUCAAGGCCAUGCUGGACCAUGGUAAAACUCUCAUCAAUCCUCUGGUCGCUGCGCAGAACUUCGAGUACAAGAUGAGCAACAUUCUUGACAAGCCUCUAGAAUCCGCCUUUGGUUUCAUUAGUGUCCUUCCCGGUGCGUUCUCUGCUUAUCGCUUCAUGGCUCUUCAAAACGACAAGACUGGUCAAGGCCCGCUCGAGAAGUACUUCGCUGGUGAGAAGAUGCAUGGUGCCAAUGCCGGUAUUUUCACUGCCAACAUGUACCUUGCUGAAGAUCGUAUUCUCUGUUUCGAACUGGUGUCAAAACGCAACUGCUCUUGGAUUCUACAAUACGUCAAGUCGGCUACUGGCGAGACUGAUGUUCCUACCGAGAUGGCUGAUUUCAUUUUGCAAAGAAGACGUUGGUUGAACGGCAGUUUCUUCGCUGCAGUCUACGCUCUUGCCCAUUUCCAUCAAAUCUUCCGCAGUAAUCACUCCGUUGGUCGCAACUUCAUGUUUAUGGUCGAGUUCUUCUACCAGGGUGUCAGCAUGCUCUUCGCUUGGUUUGCUAUCGGCAACUUCUUCCUCGUCUUCCGCAUUCUCACAGGUUCACUCUCCGAUUCAAGUCUCAACUUUCCACCUGGAAAAGUGUUAGGCGUACUGUUCGAAUGGAUCUAUCUUGCUGUCUUAAUUACUUGUUUCGUCCUCGCGCUCGGAAACCGGCCGCAAGGUUCGAACAAAUUUUAUAUGACGCAGGUUUACUUCUGGGCUAUUCUCAUGGCAUAUCUCAUGUUCGCAACCGUCUUCAUCACAGUCAAGUCCGUGCAGGCACAGCUCAAAGAACACGAUCACUUCACGUUUAGCAUGCUCUUUACCAACUCGCUGUUCUUGACGCUCAUCGUGUCAAUGGCCAGUACAUACGUCCUGUACUUUGUCGCCUCCUUCAUGUUUCUGGAUCCUUGGCACAUGUUCACAUCCUUCUUCCAGUACCUUCUCCUCACGCCGACUUACAUCAAUAUUCUCAACGUCUACGCUUUCUGCAACACUCACGACAUCACCUGGGGUACCAAAGGAGACGAUAAGCCGGAAAAAUUGCCUUCCGCCGUUACCAAGCCAGGUGGUAAGGUCGACGUUACUAUUCCGAGCGACGACCAUGAUCUCAACAGUCAGUACGAAGAGGAACUCCGUGUGUUCUCGACGAAAUGGGCCCCUCCUGUCAAGACCCCUUCCGCAUCCGAGAAGCAUGAGGAUUAUUACAAGGGAUUCAGAAGUGCUGUUGUUUUGGCCUGGAUGUUCUGCAACCUUGCACUCGCAGCAGUCGUUCUCAACACAGGAGGACUUGAUCGUGUGUCUGUCGGCGUUCAAGAUGACAAUCAGCGCAGUACCAUCUACAUGAGUGUCGUACUCUGGAGUGUUGCAGUUCUUAGUGGCUUCAGGUUCAUUGGAGCUUGUUGGUUCUUGGUUGUUAGACUGAUCAGGGGUGUUUAG